AGUGAAGGAAUAGAUCACGCUCUCCAUUUACGCGCCCUGCUCGCAGACUGAAACUUUUCAGUGACUUCAUCUGACAAGCUUGUGUUGGGAUGGUUGCUUUCUCCUGGAGACGGAGCUUAUUAAUGGGAUUUCUCUCUCCCCUGCAUCACCUGAGGGCAGUUGGACAGUGAGCCGCGGGGUGUCUGGAGGCUGGAUGGACAACAUGUCUCCACAGCAGCAACAGGACAGCCUCAGCCGAGGCGGUGGACAGCAAGAAAACAAACGGCGGAUGAAGUCCCAGAGCUAUCGGCGCCAGUCAGCCCCGUCUAUGGUCAUCAGCAAAGCUCUCACCAGGUCCAAGACUCUCUCCAGAGACAGCGUCCUGGUUUCUCUGUGCCCAGAGACGUGCUCACUGGUCCAGUCCUUCCUCACCGGCUCUGAUAGGUCCUUUCUUCUUCACGGACAUGCUCAGCUGAAGACUGGGAUGCAGACUCAGGACAGACACCUGUUCCUGUUCAAUGACACACUGGUGAUCGCCAAAGCCAAGUCAGCCAACCACUUCAAGCAGAAGGCUCAGGUGUGUGUGUGUGAAAUGUGGACGGCAAGCUGCAUGGACGAGGUGUGUGAGGGAAGCACGAACCCAGAAAGGAGCUUCGUUAUGGGCUGGCCCACCUGUAACUGUGUGGCUACAUUUAGCUCAGCAGAGCAGAAGGAGAAAUGGCUCUCCCUCCUCAAAAGUCGGAUAAAAGAAGAGAAAGAGAAGGAAGAACCUAAAACCAUUCCUCUGAGAGUGUACGGGAAGGGAAUCAAUACUUUUGCUGUUACCAAGACGCUCCCAGUCAGCAACUCAGAUUCAACCAAUGAGGUGGUGCGACUGGCCCUGCAGCAGUUCAGCAUCAUAGGGAAUGUAAAAGACUUCCAGCUGUGGGUCAUCUCCAAGAGGGACAACACCCCCUAUCCUCUAAUAGGUCAUGAGUUCCCCUUCAGUAUCCAGAUGAGUCAUGUGAGACAGACGAUGUCUCAGGGAGGUGGGAGCAGGGACGUGGACAGACAGAAGGCCAUGCAGGUGGAGCAGAUGCAGGUGUACAAGCAGUGUCAGUUCAUCAUGAAGCCUCGACCUGCUGAAACACUGCAAGUAUCUGCAGAGUGGUCUCAGAAGACAUUUAAAAGGAGGCGUUCUCUCAUCACCUGGGCCUUCUGGCGAGGCUCCUCCUCUCACCUAAAUGAGCUGUCUCUCGCCGGCGCACCCCGCGGCUGCCUGUUCGGACAGCCGCUCAGCUCUGUUUGUGUAGAUGACACUCUGCCAAAGCCAGUGAUGGACAUGAUGGCCUUCUUGUACCACGAGGGUUCUUGGACACGGGGGAUCUUCCGGCGGCCAGCGGGGGCUCGGGCAGUCAGGGAACUGCGGGAGUCUAUCGACAGCGGAGAGUUUCAACUUCCUCUGACAAGAGACCAUGUCUUUGUCAUUGCCGGAGUAUUUAAGGAUUUCUUGCGCAGCAUCCCAGGCAGCUUGCUGUGUUGUGAACUGCACGAAGAAUGGAUGGACGUGCUGGAGGAAGAGGAGGAGGAGGAAGAGCAAGUGCAGGACAUAAAGAGGAUGAUUCGUCGUCUGCCCAAAGAAAAUGCCCUGCUGCUACGCCACCUGUUGGCCAUGCUACACGGUAUCGUGGGAAACGCCCACGAGAACCAGAUGACGAGCUUCAAUUUAUCAGUGUGCAUUGCUCCCAGCAUGCUUUGGCCUCCUGGAGUGCCCUGUAGCCCGGAAGUGGAGGGAGAAGGAACUAAGAAGGUGUGUGAGCUGGUCAAGUUUAUGAUUGAACACUGUCAGCAGAUUCUGGGAGAGAUUCCCUCCACCCUGUUUGGAGGGCCGCCACAAAGACUCAACACUGACGAGAUGGGAUCAGACUCCUGGCUGUACUCUCUGACCGACUCGUCCUACGACAGUCUAGAGAACGAGUUGGACAACAGCAGCGGUGGCUCACCGGGCUUCAGCAGCAGGAGGCACAUUCGACUCAAACCACUGCGAGGCAGCCUGGACUCCAUCACAGUCAGUGACUAUGACCAGGACACAGACCCAGAUAACCCCCAGGCCCAAGCUGACAGCCCACAGGGUCAGAAGUUACACCCACUGGGGAGAAGCAGAGGCAGGAGACAGGACGCAGACCUCUCCUGCUCCACCCAGGACUCACUGACCGUGGACUCCACCCUUGACUCACUGUCCCUGGAUGGUCGGCACAGGCAGCGGAGGCGUUCAGAGCCAGCGAUAGCGUACAUGGCCAAGUUCCGGCCAUGCGCCUCAGAGAAUACUGAUGGUCUCUCUGGUGAGGAUGAAGAUGAUGAGGAAGAGCUUUCCAAGAAGCCCAUCUACCACACACUCGCUCAUACACACUCUAGAGGUCACACUCGGAGGGGUGGAGGUGAAUCCGUGUUUAAGCUCCAUGAUGUGAGGUCAGCAGCUCAGGAAGUGAGCUCCCCCAGCCUUUCCUCCACCCCCAACUCCCCUGCACCAACCCGCUCCUCCCUGGACUCUCUCGACUCCCUGCACUCCCUCAGCAGCGACCACACCUGCACAAUCAAACGGGGGCUCCACCCAACCAAGACACAUCUGUCCUCCAGCUCUCCCCCUCUACCUGUCCCUUUAUCCGUCCCCACCUUACCAUUCACCAUAGGCUCUGCUCUGACCCCUGGUGGACAACCAGACCUGGGGACCUGUCCAAAAGACUCCGCACCAAAAGAAGCACCCAACUGGGGAACAUUAAAAGGCUGCGGGGGCCUCCACCCAAACUCUUGGCUGAAAAAAGGUCGCAGGCUGUCACUAACCCAACAAGACAACUUGGACAAGGAAGAGGAGGACAAGACAGGGGGAGGACCUGCUGAUAAGUUGCUCACACUUGGGAAACCCGGCCCAGAGAAAGGAAAAGCAGGUGAAAGGGGACGAGGGAAAGUGAUGUCCAGCAGCCAACCCAAGCCCAAAACCUCCAGCAGAGCCUCUAAGGACGCAGGAGGAGGAGGGAGCCGAGUAAAGGGGCGGCCUGGCCUGGACACCAACAAGCCCAGACACCUGAAACAGGACUCAUACAGCCCACCUUCCCACCACCGCUCUACAGGGAGUCUCAACCUCCCCAAAUCCCACUCAUUCAAUUCAGAAUCCACGCUAACCAUCAGGCAGCUCAACAACACCAACACCGAUGGUGACAUCACCAACCACAGAUGUGCAGCUGAAGGUGAAGUGAAUGAGCUGAAGCAGCCAUCACCACCUUCCCUCUACAAGCAGAGUGGGCCAUCCCUGUCCCUGUUUAAGCAACACAAGUCUCACUCUGUCGAGGAGGCAUGCAAAACCAAGACCCACAAGCGCCGGGGGUCAGAACCCGGACGGCAGGUUGUGGACCGAGCCUCCACCUUGACACGGGCGAGGCUACCCAGCGACCCAGGACUGAAGGUCUCAGAGGCAGAGUCACAGGGAGGGACUUCAGAGGCCCGUUUCUGCCUCUCCCCGUACGCUGCCAAAGCAGUGAGGGACUAUUUCUCCUCUCACCCACGCAGCAGCCCUCAGAGCAGCCAACAGGUGGCGCUGGCCCUGGUGGAGAGUCGCAGGGAGUGGCUGAAGAGAUGCAGUGACCCCACAGCAGAGCCAGACUUUGACCAGCUCCUGUUUGCUGAAGAGUCUUACGUCUGAUUAUGACACAGCACAACAAAUCACUAAAAUAAAACUCAGUAGAAACACGUCACUGCCGUUUUCAACCUGAGAAUAAAAUGAUUAGUUAGUAUACUCUGCACCUUAAAUACAUGAAGGCUUUCUGGUGUGUGAUUAGACGCUUUUAAACGUGAGUAAAUAAGUCCAUUUUAAACUUUGCCUAGAGCUUACUGCCAUUAAGAGAACAUUUUUGCUUGAAUAUCCUCGAGGCUGCAUUUACACAUGCAGAAAGAACACUACUUUGUAACCUCAUUUAUAUUGACACAAUAGAUUCAUCAGUCUAAACUAAGUUCUAUCUGAUCUUGACUUAAUGGGUUUUGUUUAAGAAAUGUCACCAUUGUGUUUUUUUUUUUUUUUUAAAAAACUUAUAUUAGGCCAAAGUUAAAACCUGCCAAUUUUAACUACCUGCUGUUGCCUUCUUUCAUCAUGAUCAAGUAGAAUCUCUCAUUAAUCAUUGGAUUGCCUGCAUUUGGACAUUCAAAUCUGUAAAGUACAGUUAGUAAAUGGUUACAGCAUAAUGAGUGUCACUGUUCUCCUGCAUUGGCACUUGAUUAAAUAAUUAACUCACAAUACUUGCAUCUGGAUAUAAUUAUGACAUUAAUGGUUUUUGUAGUAGGUCUGUGGUAUCAAUGCAGCCUGGGUUCACACUGUGACUCUGCCUCUGCCUCGAGCUUCAUUUUGCUUUUUACACCAAGUUAUGCCUGGUUCACACUAUACGACAUUUUUGUCCGUACCGAUGGUGAUUAUGUCAGAUUAGGCAAUUGUGGAGUCAAAAAAUCGUGCUGUGACUUGGCCGACCGACAUGACAGACUACACAGUGUCUUUCACGACGUGUGAUGUCGUCAGGUUAUUCUGGUCCUAUUUCAAUUAUUUUUACUGUUCAGUCACUGGCUGUUCCUUUUUAUCCUCCAUUAUGAAGAAGUAACAUUGUUUACGAGCUUGAGCUUGAUGCUAAUGGUAGUACACGUCAGGUUGAUAAAGUGCUUCUGCUGUUUCACAUCAUCAUUUUUCCCUUUUUUUGCGACAAAAAGAAAAUCAAACAUGCUAGACUUUCUGUGGCGUCUGUUGUCAUCUACUAUGACACACUACACAAGAUGAAACGAUGGAUUAUUGUAUAUGACACAUUAGUGUACAUAACAAAAGAACAGCUUAUAUAAUGGCUUAUACAUCGUGGUUAUAGUUUUGAUUCAGAAUUGUAACUUAAUGUAACUUCAAGUAUCUAAAUUUAGUUGAGUUUUGUAGAUUAAGGUUGUAGGAUUACUCACAUUUUAUGGUUUAAAAAGGAAAAUCUUAAGUUUCCCCUUAAUAUCUUUAAGGAAGUUCUUAAGUAUUUUUCAGCCUGGACUAUAUUUUCUCAUGUUUUUGUAUCGAUGUGACGAGCAAUGAAACAGAUUGCAAUGUAUUCCUUAAGGACAACUGUGUACAGUCAGUUAAUGUUCCCUAAAAAUGCUUGUUUUUGCCAUUGAUGGGCUCAGAUUGUUAUUCAAAGUGUGUGACAUUACAGGGAAGACCCUAUAGAGAAAGAUCCACUCUGUUUGUUACUGUGUGUGACCAAGUCUCGCACAAUGAGAAGUCUCAUCCUGAGUUUAACUUCUCCUUGAGCGAGGCCUGCUCACGGAAAAACGAAUCACAGGGUUCAUAAAACGGUCAGACACUUCUAAUAACAAUCUGAGCCUGUCAGAGGUAACAAGCACUUUCAGUGGACAUAAAUUGGUCUCUUUCAAUACUAGGAUCAAUUUCAAACAUUGUUAUCUCCAUUUGACACACAGAAAAUAGGGUCCAGGUUUAAAAAUAAAAACGUUUCCCUUUGAGUCUGUACUGAUGUUCCUACUGCUUUUUACCAACUGUAGAGUCAACGGAGGUCAAUAGUUGUAGGCGACACUGAUUAGGUUUUGCUGUCUUUCAAUAUUUGGUCAUAAAUGCUAUCAGCUGUUCUCUAAGUAUUUUUUUAAUGCUUCUUAGCAGUGGCACUUAAAUUUUGUUUUCCAGCACAUGCUUGCAGUCGCACAAUUUGAAGGUACGAUCCUUGUUUUGUAUUUGUUGCCAACAGUGUGGUUUCCGCACCAGCCUGAAUCGAUUUGCAUUAAUCACAUGUUCUGUCCCAAUUUUUCUGUAAUGUAAAUAUAAUCCCUUCAGGGGGAAAUGUUUUUCAAGCUUUAUAUUUUAUGCAGCUUUAUAAACUUUAGACUGUUGCUUUAUUAUAUUGUCUAUGCCUCCUUUCUAUAUACGUAUUAAUACGCUGUGUUAACGAGCCUAAAAAUCUGCAUUUGCAAAUAAAAUGACCUGAUUAAUGUGUGA